AUGACGCCGAAAGAUCUCGGGCCGAAAGGCUCGAGGGAGAGGUCUCGCCUAUAUCAUUUCUUCAAGAACUUUUCGCUCCUGUUACUGAGCUUCGCCCUGCUUCCCACUACCAGCGUGGUUGCACUGGCAGCCUACCUAUGGAAUCGAUUCACUCCCUGCACUUCCGACAAACCUCACCAUGCUGAAAAGAGAGUCACCGUCCUUGUCACGGGGGUGAAUAUGGCCAAAGGUCUUGCACUGGCCCGCCUGUUCUACCGUCGUGGUCAUCGUGUGAUUGGAGCCGACUGUUCUUCGCUUUCUCCUGGACGGGUUUCUUGUGCAGUUGACAAAUAUUACCGCCUUCCAAAACCUUCCGGCUCCUCCAAUGCCAACCUCAAUGAUCCCCACCCGGAGAAAUUAGUAGAUAUCGCCCAAAAAGAAGAAGUGGACCUUUGGAUCUCCGUCUCAGAUGUCAACGCCGCCAUUCAGGAUGCAGCAGCCAAAGAGAUUCUCGAAACUCGCACAAACACCAAGGUCAUCCAGUUCGGUGCCGAGCAUGUUAAAAGGCUCCAUGAGAAGGACACAUUCAUCGAGUACACGAAAACACUCGGUCUGGCUGUUCCUACUACUGAGAUUGUUGGUGGACAGGAAGAGGUUGUUGAAUUUCUUAGACGACAUGGAGGCUUAGAGUACAAGUCAGGAGCCAAGCGAUAUCUUAUCAAGCCUGUGGGUGUUGACGAUGUUGCCCGGUUCUCCAUGCCAUUGCUACCUUUGGCCUCUGAAGAUGCCACACUCGCGCGGAUCGACUCCAUUCCCUUCAAGUCAGCCAAGUGCUCCUUCAUCAUCCAAGAAUUCAUCUCCGGUCCCGAAUUUUGUACCCAUGCUCUGGUCAUCAGUGGUCGAGUCUGCGCCUUCGUUGCAUGUCGCUCUGCCGAUGUCUUGAUGCACUACGAUGCCCUACCCGCCGACUCACCGUUGAGCAAGGCCAUGCUGGAGUUUACAAUCAAGCAAGCGGAAGCAGGUGGAGAUGAAUUUACUGGGCAUCUGAGCUUUGACUUUUUGACCAAGAAGGAAGAUGAGGAGGCGACACAGUCCGAAGCGGAAAAGGAGGUGACGAUAUACCCCAUCGAGUGCAACCCGAGAGUUCACACUGCGACUCUUCUCUUCAACGAGACUCCCGAAAUUGUCGAUGAGUAUCUUUCCGUUCUAUCAGAGUCUCAGACGCAAAAGCCCCUAUCUACUCCUCCACUCUCACCGACCAACCCUCAGCGUUACUACUGGGCCAGCCAAGAUCUGGUAGAGCUGGUCAUCUGCCCCCUUUACCUAACUAUGUUCCGUGGCACGAUGGCACUUUCGGAGUUUCACAGAUCAAUACGUACAUUUGCACAUCAUCUUCUGUACUGGAAGGAUGGCACAUUUGAGGCUUGGGAUCCAUUGCCUUGGCUUUGUAUGAUGCACGUGUACUGGCCGAUGCAGUUUGCUUGGUACAUGGUCACGGGAUCUGUAUGGACUAAACUGAACGUGAGCACGGGAAAGGCAUUCCAGGGGUAG